AAAUAUUAAAUGAUGCGAAAGUCAACUUUUUGCUUCAUUAAUUCAAAUUUUCCGCUCAAAUCAUAUUUGGCGCCUUUCUGUGACCUUAAUACAGUUCUUUUGGACAUUAAAUUAAUUUAUUAGUGAAUUUGACAUUAGUUUAGACCUUAAAAUAGCAUAAAACAGUCACUAAGACGCUUAAUAUCAUCAAAUAUAAUUAAUAAUUUCACAAUCAGAAUGACUUCGUUUACAUCAAACAAUAAGGCACCGUACACAGUUCUUGUAGAAGGUAACAUAGGAAGUGGAAAAACAACGUUCCUUAAUCAUUUUAAGCAGUUCCAAGAUGUUUGUCUAAUGACUGAGCCAGUCGAGAACUGGAGAAACUUGAAUGGAGUAAACUUACUCGACCUUAUGUAUAAGAAUCCUGAUAUGUGGGCCAUGACCUUCCAAAACUAUGUAACAUUGACGAUGCUUAAAAAUCAUAUUAAACAGACAGAGAAGCCAGUCAAACUUAUGGAACGAUCAAUAUACAGUGCUAGAUACUGCUUUGUUGAGAAGAUGCUAUCAAGCGGAAUGAUUCAGCCUGGAAUGUACCAUGUCUUGCAAGAAUGGUAUAACUUUAUUUAUGAACACCACAAAAUCCAAGCCGAUCUCAUCGUUUACUUAAGAACAUCGCCGGAAGUUGUAUAUGAGCGAAUGCAAGAACGUGCACGAAGUGAAGAAAGCUGUGUUCCUUACCAAUACUUAAAAGACUUACAUGAACUCCACGAAAAUUGGCUUAUCCAUGGACAUCAUUAUCGGCCAGCACAGGUGCUUGUUCUGGAUGCUAAUCUAGACUUGGAUAACAUAAAUGCCGAAUACCAAAGAUCAGAAAACAGCAUUCUACGUCCUAUAGUAAUUGAGAAUACGAACCAACAUAGCAUAUUAGCCUCACCUAAAGGAAAUGUUGGAUCUGGAAAGACCUCAUUGCUUAAUUAUUUAGAGAAAUUCGAGGAUGUGUGCGUACUCAAAGAAGAUGUCGAAGUUUGGACUAAUUUUCAUGGAUUUAAUCUGUUGGAUUUAAAAUUUAAGAAUCCAGACUAUUUUAAUUUCCCAUUCCAAAGUAUAGCCACGCUGACUCGAUUAAGGCAGCAUUUAAAAGAUACAGCAAAGCCAAUAAAAGUUAUGGAAAGAUCAUUAAUUAGUGCAAGGCACUGCUUUGUUAAAGCUCAAAGAAUGUUAAAUCUUCUACAUGAAGGGAUGUAUUAUGUUCUAGAAGAGUGGUAUGACUAUAUCGAUGAAUAUCACAAGAUCCAGUGUGACUUAAUCAUUUACAUUCAAACUAAUCCGGAAAUUGCAUUUAAAAGAAUCAAAGAACGAGGAAGAAAAGAAGAGAUUCAAAUAUCACUUGAUUACUUGAAAACUAUUCAUAAACUGCAUGAAAAUGUGUUUGUAGACGAUACUGAACGUUUGCCUGCUGAAGUUGUCGUGAUCGAUGGGAAUGUCGAUGAAUCAGACUUAUUGGAGGAGUAUAAGAAAAUCGAGAAGAGGAUCUUCAAUUUGCGAAUCAAUUAAUAUUCUUAGAACUUGUCCAUGAUUCCUUACUUUUUUUGACUAUACGUAAAAUUUUAAGUUUCGAAGCACAGGAAUAAAUUUUUGUUUUUUUAGAACUUCAAAAUUACGGUUUGAGGAACCUGUUAACAGAAAACAGAAAAACAGCUGUUUUUCGACA